CAGGCUGUUAUUCUGCCUCACUGAGAUGACACACACACACACACACACACACACACACACACGCUGAGAGACAGAAUACAAUAUUCAACUUCACACCAAACACACCUCUUCCACUGAGAGGACGUCAACAGGAGGGAAUACUGGAAUACCUUCCACUUCAAGCAGCUGCUGAAUCCACACACUGAGAGUUUGACCAGAACAAAGACUCAAAGUGAAAGUAAGUCUCAGGGAACAGGGAGCGGCUACUGCUGAGUUUACUGCUUCACUCACAGACAACAUGGCUUCCAGAUUAGAGGAAGAUCUCUGCUGUACUGUCUGCCAUGACAUCUUUAAAGAUCCUGUGGUCCUGUCAUGCAGCCACAGCUUCUGUAGAGACUGUCUGCAGAACUGUUGGACGGAGAAAGUCAUCAAAGAGUGUCCACUUUGUAAGAGAUCUUCAGUUUAUGAACCUCCCUGUAACCUGGUGUUAAAGAACCUGUGUGAGAGUUUCCUACAAGAGAGAGAUCAGAGAUCUCCAGAGGCUCUCUGCAGUCUGCACUCUGAGAAACUCAGACUCUUCUGUCUGGACCAUCAGCAGCCAGUGUGUCUCAUCUGCAGAGAUUCAAAAAUACACAACAAACACAGAUUCAGACCCAUCGAUGAAGCUGCUCAGGAUCUCAAAGAGGAGCUUCAGGAAACUCUGCAGCCCUUCAAGAAGAAGUUAGAGACUUUUGAAGAAGUUAAAGUGAAGUUUGAUCAAACAGCAGAACACCUGAAGGUCCAGGCUCGACGCACAGCGACGCAGAUUAAGGAGCAGUUUAAGAAGCUUCACCAGUUUCUAGAAGAGGAAGAGGAGGCCAGGAUGGCUGCACUGAGGGAGGAAGAGGAGCUGAAGAGGAAGAUGAUGGAGGAGAAGAUGGAGGCUGUGAGCAGAGAGAUAGCAGCUCUUUCACACACAGUCAGAGCCACAGAGGAGGAGCUGAGAGCUGAAGACGUCUCCUUCCUGCUCAACUACAAGGCUGCAGUGGAGAGUCUGCAGCGCCCCCUGCUGGAGGAUCCACAGCUGCCCUCAGGAGCUCUGAUAGACCAGGCCAAACACCUGGGCAACCUCAGCUUCAACAUCUGGAGCAAGAUGAAGGACUUGGUGUCCUACUCUCCUCUCAUCCUGGACCCAAACACUGCUUAUCCAGACCUCAUCCUGUCUGAAGAUCUGACCGGAGUGAGACGAGGAGAGAGACAGAAACGUCCUGAUAAUCCAGAGAGGCUUGAUGAUUACUGGUCUGUCCUGGGCUCUGAGGGCUUUAACUCAGGGACUCACAGCUGGGAUGUCCAGGUUGGAGACAAUACAGGCUGGGUACUGGGUGUGUUAGCAGAGUCUGUCCAGAGGAAGGGAGACAUAGGGUCUGGAUUAUGGAGAAUACUGUCUAAUGGAGGUAAAUACUCAGCACAGUCACUACCACGUCCAGAAACUCCUCUCAGCCUGCAGAAGGAGCUCCAGAGGGUCAGAGUGAAUCUGGACUGGGACAGAGGAAAGCUGUCGUUCUCUGAUCCUGACACUAACACACACAUACACACCUUCACACACACUUUCUCUGAGAGGAUGUUUCCAUUCAUUGGCACUUGGGAUGUACCCCCACUUAAGGUGUUUCCAAUGAAGGUCUCUGUGACUGUAGAACAACAGAUAUAGAUGAUGACGAUGAUGAUGAUGAUGAUGACGACGACGAUGAUGAUGAUGAUGAAGACGACGACGACAACGAUUGAUAUGGUUUAUUAUGCACACCUUCCUGCUAAGUUUCUGUUCCUUUCUCCCAGACAGUUUCCAGUGAAGGCUUCUCAGAUGGUUGUUAGCCAGGUUAACCAUUAAAGACAGAACUGGAGGAUUUCCCCAGAAAUAUGUCAAACUGUUCCUUUAAUGUUUGGUCAGCCUGCUGAUAUAUUUAUGCGUUUGAGUUUAUCAGGGAGCAUCGAUUUAAUUUGGCUUUUCGCCGAUCGUGAGUUGUGUUUAUGUUGUCUUUGGGUGACUUGUGCAAUCAUUUUGAAUGAGUUCCUUUAAAAAUGAAUCGUA